AUCUAAUAUGCUAUCUAACUACAACUAACCAAUUCUGAAUUAAUCAGCGUGCUACCUGUCUUCCGAGAAAAGAAUAUACUCCAAUUGAUCUCUGUCUUUGUCUUCCGAUCACCAAAGUGUCCUCCUUCAGAGAACAACAAACUGACCAAUCAGAAUUUACCAAAUUAGUUUCAUCUGUAAAUCUUCACUUUUCAUUCUUGCCUCUAAAGGUCACAACAUUUUUACUUUUCUUCCAUUAUUCAGUGCAAUAUUUCGUAUGGUCUUCUCUAUUGUGGUCUUCGUGUCUUUUAUUUCAAUUAAAUCGCAUUAUUCACUUCUUGUAAUUCUAGUUUAAAACUAGCGAUCUAAAUUUUUAGCUUCAAUUAGCUUAGCUAGGCUUUUAGUUGCUUACAGUUAGCUAUUUCGAGUUUUGUUUAAAAUAACUUAAAAAUUUAAUAAACUGUUCAAUUUUUUAAUUCUAAAUUACGCCCUGCAUUUAUUUUGAGACUUUUACCUAUUAUUUCGCUCGCCAUUGUCACAAAUCGAUUUUUUUAAAAUUAUUUGUGCAAAAAUUUAAACUCUGCAAUUUUAAUGGACGCCUUGAGAAGUGAACUUACCUGUUCAAAGUGCAAUCAACUGUUUAAUCAACCAGUGACACUGCCGUGUCUCCACUCUGCCUGUUGUGCAUGUGUGGACUCGAUUGUGAAAGAAGCGGUCGAAAUCUUAAGUAAUGGAGGAGUGGGCGAUGAGAAAACGGACUGUGGAUCUGAAAAAGAGAAUGCGUCUGGUGGUGUAGGUAAUAUUGCUAUAUCUUGCCCUGAAUGCAAAAAUAUAGUCAAAGUUCAACUGGAUGCUGUAAAAAAGACACAUGGGCUAGAUUUGAACCGACUUCUGCAGAACUUGGUCGAAAAACACAAGAGUGCACUGGGUGACCAGGAAAGCUCAGAUGGUGUCACAGAAGUGUCAAUUAAUGGCGACAGCAAAAAGAGCAAUGAAUGUGACGUCAUGAAAUGUGACAUGUGUGAAGAUGAAAGUGCAGCUGAAGUCGCUUCUAAGUUUUGCGUGGAGUGCAAAGUGCUGUACUGUGAAACAUGCUUCACUCAGUGCCACAGAAUGAAAGGACCAUUUGCCACUCAUAAUAUCCAGUCACCGUCGGAUGCAAAAAUAUCUCUCAGAGAGUCAGAAUCCAAACCCAAAUUGUCCAACAAUGACGUCAUGACAUGUACUGUGCACGACAAUGAGAAAAUCAACAUGUACUGCACGCAGUGUAAUGAACUUAUUUGUGCACUGUGCAAACUGGUGGGCGUGCACAAAGAGCAUCAGGUCAACGACCUAAAUACUUCAUUUAAAGGUCAACAGGGUGCACUUGGAGAGAAGUGUGAACAAUUGACUGAAGUGUCGGAGAGUUUGAUUGCGAGCAUGGAAAAGCUGAAGGAAGCAGAAGCAAUAUACAAGAAAUCAAAGGACGCAACUGAACUUCAAAUACUGGAAGAAUUCGCCGAACUCCGAAGUCUGUUAGAGGACAAAAAACGACACAUGCUCUCGUCACUCCACGAACACUUCCGACUAAAAAUAGGCGAAGUGGUUGAGUGUAGCGAGAGUGUGAAGCGCACACUGCAGUCUACUCACGCAGUGCUCAGUCUGUGCAUGGAGGCGAUGAGAGAGCAGGAUCAGACUGCCUUUCUGCAGUUUUCGUCUCAAUUGUGCGAACGAGUAACUUCUGCCUCCAAUGAUGCAACUGACCUUGCCCUAUCCUGUGCGCAAUUUGACAGUUCUGAAGACCAAUCUGACGAACAGCUGUUCGUAGACUUUUCUAUCGAGAAACGGAAUAUCUCAAAUCUCGAUUUUCUCAAAGCCCCGGAGCCAGUCAAAAUUUCACGAGAUCUUUGCGUGUGCAAACCAGACUCGCUCAAACUCAGAUGGAACGCAAACAGUCACAUACCAGUGACUCAAUACAACGUAAUUUACAGAAAAGAAGGGGACGAAACGAGAAUCCAAUGCAGUCCUUUGUUAAUUGAAGAUGCAAAGAAUGAACUGUUGGAUUUUUGUGUCGAUGAUUUGGAACCAGAUACUGUGUAUGAAGUGUGUGUAGUAGCGGUAAACGGGGCGGGAGAGAGUAGCGAGGAUGAUUCUGUAGUUUUGCUGAGAACUGCGUUGCCAGUUCCAAAAACGCCACAAGUAGAGGAAGAAGACUGCGAAGUGGUGAAGAAUAGCAUCCUGUUCAGAUGGAGAGCAUCCCUGGAUGUGAGUGGAAUGAGUUCAAACUUGUCAGAAACAACAUCUAGUGAUGCAGCUAGAAAUGGAACUGCUUCAUUGGUCACCUUCGUCGUCGAGUUUAGAGAAGAGAGUGACGAUGAGUGGACUAUAAGACGUCUGAUGGAGUCGACAGAGAUGAUGCUGAGUGAACUGAAGUACAACACCAUGUAUGUGGUGAGAGUGAAGGCGGUCUCAUCUACUGGGUCGAGUGCAUACUCGCGUGAUACACUCUUCACUACAUGGCCACUGCCGGCUGGCACUUUCAAGUUCAAUGCAAAUUCGUUUGCUAAAUGGACGAGUGACGAUGAGUGGACUAUAAGACGUCUGAUGGAGUCGACAGAGAUGAUGCUGAGUGAACUGAAGUACAACACCAUGUAUGUGGUGAGAGUGAAGGCGGUCUCAUCUACUGGGUCGAGUGCAUACUCGCGUGAUACACUCUUCACUACAUGGCCACUGCCUCCUGAGUCGCCGACACUGUUGAGCGAACACUGCCAGGGUCAGGGAAACAAAUUCCAGAUCCAAUGGACCACAGAGGGAGGAACCAGUGAGAACCCGGCCGACUGCUACACUGUAGAAUACAGGCCAUCGAACCAGGGCGCGGAUUGGAUUAACUUUGAAGGUGUGGAGAUGACUCACUGUCACUUGAAGGACCUCCUGUAUGACACAGAGUACACAGUGCGGGUGAGGGCUGUGAACAGCAGUGGCCACAGUGACUACAGCGACUCAAUCAUACUCCGCACUGGCACUCCGCCCAUCCAGUUUGCACUGGACAACAACACUGCUCAUGUCAAUUUGAAGAUUACUGGCAACACAGCGCAGUAUGACAGAGGGGGUGCUAAGAGUAGACUGGGACAGUUAGGGGAGGACUGCUUCCUGGGGGCCUCCUUCUCAGUUUUGGGAGACAAGAGCGUGAACAAGGGCAAGCACUACUGGGAAGUGAAGGUGAAGGUCAAAUCAACAGACAGAAUAGGUGUGGCUUACCUCAACACUCCUCGCGAUAGUCUAAUCGGUGACUCCGACAAGUCCUGGGCGAUCGGGUUCCUCGCAAGCGAAGAGGGACGACUCUUCUGCUACCACAACAAGAAGAAAAAACGACUCAAUAUCGAGCUUCCAUCGUCUUCGCCUCCUCUGAAAUCGGUCACAGUCGGAACACUUUUGGAUCUAGAUGAAAACUUUGUGGCGUUCUUCAUAACAGAGUUUCACCAGCACAUUCACACAUUUAAGGUCAACUUCACAGAGCCAGUUUUUCCAGCAUUUUCAGUCUGGCCAAAUGACGUCACAAUUUGUUCUGGACUGCAAGUGCCAGAUUUUCUUUUGCUGUGAGCUACGAGGUGGAGGUCUAUUAGAAGUUGAGCGUUUGCAUUCAUAGUGAUAUUUUCAGUGCUAUAGAUUUAAUAUGUAGUGCAGGAAUCAUUUUAAAUCUGCGCGAGAGUGCAGGAUAGUUUAGAACAAAUGUAUAGAACUUAUCAACCUUCAUAAAGUUCACGCAGUUUGCUCUUUGUCUAAGAGAGUAAACUGAAAUUGCAGCAUGUCCAUUGUGGUAAUUAAGUGUCAAUGAACGUAGUGAAGACACUUAUACAGAAGGUGAAAUUUUUCCGAAUAAAAAUAGGCUGGGGU